CCUCAAUUUCUCUACCCAUGCACUAAAUUAACCUCACAAAUACAGUAAAACACAAGUGUGUUCUUCUUUAUCAUGGAUUCAAAGAGAUACUUACCAACCCUCUUUUUAUGCUUCAACAUUCUUUUCUUUACCCUUGUAUGUGGUUGCUGGAGUGGUUGCAAAAAUCCACCAAUUCCUAAACCAAACCCUAACCCUAACCCUAAUCCAAACCCGAACCCGAACCCGAACCCAAUCCCCUCCAAGGGUCAUUGCCCUAGAGAUGCCCUAAAACUAGGUGUAUGUGCCAACGUACUGAACGGGCCGGUCGGAGCAGUCAUUGGAAACCCACCCGACCCGCAUUGCUGUUCAGUACUAGGUGGACUUUUGGAUCUUGAAGCUGCUAUUUGUCUUUGCACUGCAUUGAAAGCUAAUAUUCUUGGAAUUAACAUUAAUAUUCCAAUUGCACUUAGCUUGCUUAUUAAUACUUGUGGCAAAAAUCUCCCAUCUGAUUUCAUUUGUGCCUAAUAAGCAGCUACAAAUGCUUCUAUUUUGGGUCGUGACAAACAAGUUUCACUGGUAUGACUAUUCUUAGCGACCCUUAGAUUGGAAGCGCGAAAAAAAUGUCUAGUGAUGACUUUUUUAUUUGCUUUGGCGACUAACUAUAGUCGAAUUUGUUGUAGUGUGUUUAACGUGAAGUGUUUCCCUUUGUUGUUGUAGCAUUAAUCUAGGAAUUUCUAUUUUUGUUUGUUGAA